AUGAACUGCCAAACAGAUCCAGAGAAACAGCCCUUAUUGCCCACUCAAUCAGAUGCACACACGCCAUCCCCUGCUAGAACUAGAUCUUUCAUGGACUGGACAUCUCGCUUCAGUCUUGCGGCAACCUUAAUUUGGAUCGUUUGUAUAAUUCAAUCCACAGAUAGACAUGCAAUCUCAGUAACUAGUAACGAGAUGGAGAUGAAGGCCGAGGCGGAAAAUCAAGCUUUAUCCUGCCCUGAUCCUACUUAUCCUUGGUAUGGAGAGUCGAAUCUACCGGUUUCUUCUCAAUACACAAAGCUAAAGGUUGAGUUUGACGAAAUGCAUCAUAUUUCAUUAAAGCUUCCAAAAAUCCAACAGAGAAACAGCAUUCGUGUACAACCAAACAGUACUGUACAAGAAGUUUUUGUUACUUUCGAUAUCAAGACUGGUGAAGAAUACCGGGAUCGAAUUUACAUGAUGCCAGAAUACGUAAACAACGAUACACUUACUUUUCAUAUUGGGCGCGACAACUUUGACGAUGAUUUUGUUUGCUUCUCUGUUAAUAUCAUUGUCGAUGUACCCAGCAAUACCACUCUCGAGUCUUUUGAAUAUUCUACAUUACGUAGUAACGUCAGUAUAUCAAAUAACAUUUCGUCGCCUGCCGGCCUUUCAUUGUCUGUGGUUUCGGGAAGCAUCGAAUUCAAUAACGUCACCUUUGGUGAGACGUUGCUCGCUGUGUCCUCUGGUUCAAUCAAGGGCCAGAUCAAUCUGUGA